AUGAACCUCCUCGACCAUGCCACGCACCCGAUUCUCACCCUAACAGCCGCCUUCACCGGCUGGAAGGCCCUCCUCCUCUCCAUAGCCGUCGGCGCGUCCGUCGGCCCAGACUACGACACGUCGACGUCGCUGUUUUUCGAGGCUGUGCACAACGACACGCCUAGGCACGCCUCCCUCGCUGCGCGGCUGACGAGGUGGGAUGCUUUGUAUUUUAUGCAUGAUGCACAUGUUGGAAAGGUUUAUGAGCAGGAGUGGGCUUUUGGUGUUGGGUUGCCGGUCGUUGUGCGUGGUGUGAGGCAUCUUUUGGGCGUUGAUGCCUUGGAGGCUACCAUCGCCGUUGCCGUCUCUCACGUCUCGCAUCUCGUCGCUGUGUUGGCGCUGUAUCAACUCACCGUCAUUCUCUUUGGGAACCGGAGGCUUGCGUUCUUGGCGGCUGCUGUGCACAUCUUCUCCCCAGCGGGACUGUUCUUGUCAGCUCCGUACGCCGAGAGCACGUUUUCAUGUCUUUCGUUUGUUGGAAACCUUCUCUUUGCCAUUGGCUUCAAGAACGGUCCCGACUCUCUCCAGCGAAACGCCGCCGUUGUGGGAGCCGGCCUGGCGUACGGCAUCGCGGCAACGUUUCGCAGCAACGGGCUCUUUGGCGGCAUCCUGUUUGCCGUUGAGGCUAUCAGGAACCUUUUGGCGCUCACCAACGGCUUCAGCAUCUCAAAGGUUUUGAGAUUAGUUGCGCCUGUGAUUGGAGGUCUGCUCGUCGCGGUCGGGUUUGUUGCGCCGCAGGUGAUUGCAUGGAUGAGAUAUUGCAACGUGCAAGGGGAGCUGCGACCUUGGUGUGUGCGUCUUAUGCCGAGCAUUUACACAUUUGUUCAAGAAGAAUACUGGGACGUUGGCUUCCUCAAGUACUGGACUCCCAACCAGAUUCCCCUUUUCCUCCUCGCAGCCCCGAUGCUCACACUGCUCGUCAAGUCUGGCACCGAGUUAAUGAGCGAGUCGAACCUAAAUCUCAGAGCUACAGACUCGCAGGGCCGAGUUCUAGUUCGCACGCUGGCGGGCAUGCAGACUCUCCUCGCGGUCCUAGCCAUCACCAACUACCACGUCCAGAUCAUCAGCCGUCUAUCUUCCGGCUACCCAGCAUGGUACUGGUGGGUAGCCUCAUGCCUGAUGGACAAGAAGAGAUCAAGUCUGGGCUACGGUGUCGUCGUCUUCAUCACCAUGUACGCAGCGAUCCAGGGGGGUUUGUUUGCGUCGUUUCUGCCUCCUGCUUAG